CCUCUCUCUCCUCCGGCCUUUUCCCUCUCCACUUGCAUUUGCAUUGCAUUUCGCCCAUUUCCAUCCAUCCACCAACUUCAGCCGGCCGAGCUCCUGUUUUCGCCCAUCUUCAAUUUCUCACCUCGAAAGUCGCUCUUUUCUGCUGCUCGACCUGAGCUCGACUUGAAUCUGAGUAUCGUCGCCACUCUCCUCGAUUCAUCUCUCGACACCGCCCCUUGGUCCUCGGAGAUCGCCCAAUCUCACCUCCCGUCGCGCGUAAAACCACCCGACAACAAAAGUUGACUGGUCGAUCACGAUGAACUCCCAAGGCAACAGUGAUGUCUCCCCCGAGGCUAUGCAGUCGCGAAUUCAGCAGGCUCGUCGCGAAGCCGAAACUCUGAAGGACCGAAUUAAGAGGAAGAAGGAUGAUCUCGCCGACACAACUCUUCGCGCUGUCGCACAACAGGCUCAUGAGCCUAUUCCCAAGAACCAGCUUAUGAAGGCCAAGCGAACACUGAAGGGUCACCUGGCUAAGAUUUACGCCAUGCACUGGUCGACCGAUAGGAGGCACCUGGUUUCGGCUUCUCAAGAUGGCAAGCUCAUUAUUUGGGAUGCCUAUACCACCAACAAGGUCCACGCCAUUCCCCUGCGUUCCUCCUGGGUUAUGACUUGCGCCUAUGCACCCAGUGGUAACUUCGUGGCUUGCGGUGGUCUCGACAACAUCUGCUCCAUCUACAACUUGAACCAGCAACGCGAUGGUCCUACCCGUGUUGCUCGUGAGCUUUCUGGUCACGCCGGUUAUCUUUCCUGCUGUCGAUUCAUCAACGACCGCAGCAUCCUAACAUCCUCUGGUGACAUGACCUGUAUGAAGUGGGAUAUUGAGACAGGCCAGAAGGUUACUGAGUUUGCUGACCAUCUUGGUGAUGUGAUGAGCAUCAGCCUCAACCCUACCAAUCAAAACACCUUCAUCUCUGGUGCUUGUGAUGCUUUCGCCAAGCUUUGGGAUAUUCGCGCUGGAAAGGCUGUCCAGACCUUUGCUGGCCAUGAGUCCGAUAUUAACGCCAUCCAAUUCUUCCCUGACGGCCACUCUUUCGUGACCGGAUCGGAUGAUGCUACUUGCCGUCUCUUCGAUAUCCGCGCGGAUCGCGAACUUAACCUCUACGGAUCCGAGUCUAUUCUCUGUGGUAUCACCUCGGUGGCUACAUCUGUAUCAGGUCGUCUUCUUUUCGCUGGUUACGAUGACUUUGAGUGCAAGGUUUGGGACAUUACUCGAGGCGAGAAGGUUGGCUCUCUCGUUGGCCACGAGAACCGUGUCAGCUGCUUGGGCGUAAGCAACGAUGGCACAAGCUUGUGCACAGGAUCUUGGGAUUCUCUGCUUAAAAUCUGGGCAUACUAAUUGUUCCUUGCGACUAUGAACCUUUUGUCUGGAUAUAUAAAUGCCAGUACGUGCCGCGGCGACUAUACCAUCUGUGUUCGAACGAUUAUAUUGCCCAUCGAAUCCGAAAUACAAGGACGCCUACCUUGAU